AUGGGCAUCUUCAAUCGACGCUCACGAACUCCAACCGAGAAGCAACCGUCCGAUGACCCUCUCGCAAAUUAUGUCAAGCCCAAGCCGAUCGGGCUGCGGGCAGCAGUGGUGGUCAUGUACACCUUAUCGCUGGUCUUCUUGAUCCUGGUCGAAAUCGGCAACAUCAACAACAAGGCGGUGAUUAGAGACACAUAUUUCCUGCGCAUCGACCUGGCCAACGUCAUCCCCAAUACCGUUCCGAAUGCCAUCUUCAUCAACUCAAUAGCCCAGUCCAUCGGCUUGCACGACUUCUAUCAGGUUGGCUUGUGGAAUUAUUGCGAGGGAUAUGCCAAUGAGGGAAUCACACACUGCUCGAAGACUCAGACACUAUACUGGUUUAACCCAGUCAAGAUUAUCGUUAAUCAGCUCCUAGCAGGCGCGUCAAUUUCCCUGCCGACUGAAGUGACGGACAUCUUUGAUCUUGUGAAGCUUGCGAGCGAAUGGAUGUUUGCUUGUUUCCUGGUUGGCACCGUCUUGACAUUUCUAUGUAUCUUCAUUUGCCCAAUGGGCUUCUCCAAGCGGCCAAGAUGGCAGCACAAGGCUCGCAGAAUCUUCCUUCGGCAACUACCCGUCACCAUUCUGGCCUUUGUCGCUGCUCUCUUUACCACAGUGGCCACCGUCAUUGCGACAGUCUUGUUUAUCAUUUUCCGCAACACUUUCGCCGGCGCCGCCGACUUCAACAUUGAGGCUCACAUCGGGCAAGAAAUGUUCGCUUUCAUGUGGAUUGCGACAGGAUUCAACCUUAUCGGCCUCAUUAUGCAGCUCGGCACUUGUUGCGGUGUUUGUUGCUGCACGGGUCGGAGGAAAGCCGAGCGAAUUAGCCGACACGCCGUGGAGAAUGAACGAGCUCACACCCAGACUCCGAUUCGCGCGGCUGCAUCUUCAGAUGACGAGACGGUCGUAGCACCCGGGGAACAAAGGAAGCGUAAAUGGGGUUUCAAACGGCAUUGA